AUGUCAAUGAGUUCUUUUAUUAUUUAUCUUACGACUUUGCUUUUUACAGAACAGGUUGACCGAGUGAGAACCAACUUCAACCAACUGAAGCCAAACUUCGAAGGGAAUCCAGUGGAAAAAAUACCCCUGAAAGUACUACGUGUGAACAAGUCGGUUGACAUUGUCGAAGCUCCAACUGGAGAAGCGGCAAUUCCAGGUGAAGCAGCAGAAGGCCAGGGGCAAGUGUCGGUUAGCCGUGAAGACCUCAACCAUGUACUGUCGCAUGUACAGAGGCUUGAACAGACAGUGGAACAGCAGUUUACAGCGCUACGUGCAGAACAAACAAGUCUCCGUGCAUGGCAGCAGCAACAGUUUGACAGGGUAGUAUUGAAUCAGAGAAGGUUUGGGGGCAGUAUUGAAAGUGCUCUAGGAAGACAAGAUCCUACCAGACGGCGUCAACGAUCCGAACACGCAGAAGCCGAAGCACGGCAACGACAGCCUCCAAGGCAACGUGCACGACUACAAGAGGAAGGCAAGGAAGAAGGCAAGGAAGAAGAAGCGGCCCCACCACCUCCACCCCCACGCCCACCACGUGCAGAACCAACCAGGGCAGCCACAAGGGGCGAUGUCAGUCAGUAUGCCAAGCUAUGUCCCAAUGUGAAGAGCUUGACUGAGAUGUGGCAGGAAUAUCAAUUUGGUAUUGGCACGAACAAGGCUGCUAAGGACUUUACCAACAAUGAAGUCAAUGGCCAAGGCAAGCCUUUCAAGCAGAAGUACUCUAGACGAAACAAGAUUUGGAGGAUUCAGCAAUACAUGGUUGUGAACUGUCGCUACACUAUUGAUGCAGCCAAUGCCAAGAUCAUCGAGGUGUAUGGGCACAGCUCUGUGACGAACUUGAUUGGUCAGAUCACACGAGAUCAGAAGAAUCCUACCCUGCCGUACAUUGGGUCACAGAGGAUGAGAAGGGCUAUUUUACCUAUGCGCAAUGGCCCUCUUGGUGCUGGACUUGGUGGCAUCCUACUGUAG